CUUAGGGACGGCGGCCAAUUGCUCUGCGGCGCUCACGAUAAUGACAGAGGAAAGAGAGAGCCAAAACGCAAAGGAGCCAAGGCGGGGGUGGGGACGAGAGCGCGGGGGGUGACGGUAGCCAGUCAGAGAGCUUCUCGCCGGGAUCGAGGCGGGGACUGUUACAACUGCCCAAUCGCAGCCUCUGUUUUUGACUCAAAGGGGCGUGCCGCAGCGCAUCCAGCCAAUAGGAGCAGGCUAUGGCCGGGGCCGCGCCGCACACCCUCCACCCGCCGGGGGGCGCUCGUCUCUCUUUGACCCGCGGCGGCUUCCGGCACGCCGCCGGAAGUGGCUGCGCGCCGCUGCCCUCAGUCAACAGCGCCAUGGAGACGUGGGUGCGCUUCAGCGCGCAGAGCCAGGCCAAGGAGCGGCUCUUCAGGGCCGCGCAGUACGCCUGCACCUUGGCCGGGGACACGCUGCGGAGGAACGGGGCGAGCCCCGCGCUCCUGACCAGCGUGAAGCAGCUGGAGGCACACCUCAGCCUGGCCCGGAAGCUGCUGCGCCUGGGCAGCUCGGCCGACGCUCUGGAGGCGGCGAAGAGAGCCAUCCACCUGUCCGACAUGGUGCUGCGCUUCUGCGUCACCCUCAGCCACCUCAACAGGGCCAUGUACUUCGCCUGUGACAACGUCCUGUGGGCGGGCAAGGUGGGGCUGGCGCCCAGCGUGGACCAGGAGAAGUGGGCGCAGAGAUCCUUCAGGUAUUACCUCUUCGCCCUCAUCGUGAACCUGAGCCGCGACGCCUACGAGAUCCGGCUGCUGAUGGAGCGGGAGGGGAGCGGGAAGCGCGGCAAGGGCGCCGAGAACGGGCAGCGGGCGCGGGGCGACGCGGGGCUGCAGCAGCUGGGGCUGAGGCUGCAGGUGCAGCUGCGCCUUCUGCUGCGCGUCCUGCGGGGGAACCCCCCGCUGCUGCUGGACGUGCUGAGGAACGCCUGCGACCUCUUCAUCCCCCUGGACAAGCUGGGGCUCUACCGAAGCGGCCCGGCCUUCGUGGGCCUGUGCGGCCUCGCUUCCUCCGUCCUCUCCAUCCUCACCAUCCUCCAUCCCUGGCUCAAACUGAAGCCCUAGCGCUGCCGGGCACGGAUUCGGGGCCGCGCCGGGGGGGGGUCUCGGCGCUCCCCGGGGGCACCCGGGGCCUUGGGACGCUUUGUCUUCGUGUUAAGGAACGCCGGCUGCGCGCCGCCCCGCUGCGCCGUGGGGCAGGGUGAGCGGCAGGACCCCGUGGGCUGCACAGAGCGGGGAGCGGCGGGGCCGGAGCCCUUGGACCAUCGCCGCGUGGCACCAGGGUCGGGUCCGGCCCACGUCUCUCGUCAGCUUCCAGCCGGGGCGGCUGCCGUGCGCUCCGUGCCUGCUCCCCGCUGUCUGUGGGGCAGAACGGCUCCGGCGGCGGCUCGGCACCAACGUGGCACCGCGGCGCGGCUCCCGGCACGGCCGGGUGGGAACCGGGCCUGCCCGUGGGGGAGAUGGGGCUGGGAGGGCAGGAGUGGGGCUGGGAAAGGGGGAGCUGGGGCUGGGAAAGGGGGGGAGACGGGGCUGAGAGGGCAGGAAUGGGGCUGGGAAAGGUGGGAGUUGGGUCUAGGAAGGGGAAAAUUAGGUCUGGGAAAAGGAAAAUUGGGUCUGGAAGGGGAGAGUCAAGGCUGGGAAGGGCAGGAAUGGGUCCAGGAAGGGGAGAGUUGGGCCUGAGAAGGGCGCAGUAGGGUCUGGGUAGGGCUGGAAUGGGUCUUGGAAGGGCACAGUUGGGUCUGAGAAGGGCGCAGUUGCGUCUUGGAAGGGCACAGCUGGGUCUGGGAAGGGCACGGUUGGAUCUGGGGAGGGCACGCUUGGGUCUGGGAAGGGCAUGGCUGGGUCUUGGAAGGGCAUGGUUGGGUCUUGGAAGGGUACGGUUGGGUCUGGGAAGGGCAUGGUUGGGUCUGGGAAGGGCACAGUUGGGUCUUGGCACGGUUGGGUCUGGGAAGGGCCGCUCUGGACCUGCUUCCAUCGCGGAAUCGCGUGGCGGUUUUGUUUGUUGUGGUGCGAACUCUGCGCUGUAAUUAAUAAAUUACCGCCUGCGCUAA